GAGGUAAUAAGCUGAAGAAUCAACAUUUUCGCCUAAACUGGGCAUGGAUCUCCUUAGAAAAGGAGUAUUAUUUAGUAAAUGAAGACUCCAAAUAUCUUGAUGUUGUUCUUAAACGGAGAGGUUACUUGGGAGAAACCUCUUUUAUAAGUAUUAGCACCAAAGAUGGUACUGCCAAGAAAGAUAAAGACUUCAGAGGAAAAGCCCAGAAGCAGGUGCAAUUUAAUCCUGGCCAAACCUUAGCUACGUGGCGAGUACGGAUUUUGAGUGAUGGUGAACAUGAACAGUCUGAGUCCUUUCAAAUUGUUCUUUCUGAGCCUGUCAUGGCAGUUCUGGAAUUUCCUGAUGUAUCCACGGUGGAAAUUAUUGACCCAGGAGAUGAAUCAACUGUCUUUAUUCCUCAAUCCACCUAUACUAUUGAAGAAGAUGUUGGUGAAUUAUUUAUUCCAGUCAGAAGAAGUGGAGAUGUGAGCCAGGAACUGAUGGUUAUCUGCUACACACAGCAAGGUACAGCAUCUGGCACGGCCCCAACCUCUGUACUUUCUUACUCUGACUACAUAUCCAGGCCAGAGGAUCACAACAGCAUUCUACGUUUUGACAAAGAUGAACGAGAAAAAAUGUGUCGGAUCGUCAUCAUAGAUGAUUCCUUGUAUGAAGAGGCUGAGACCUUUGAUGUUUUGCUGAGCAUGCCAAUGGGUGGAAGAAUUGGUGCAGAAUUCCCAAGCACUCAAAUUACUAUUGUACCUGACAAGGAUGAUGAACCAUCAUUCUACUUUGGAAAUGAUGAAUACUAUGUUGAUGAGAGUGCUGGCUAUAUUGAGGUACGUGUCUGGAGGACUGGAACUGAUCUCUCUAAAGCUGCCUCUGUUACAGUGAGGUCUCGCAAAUCUGAACCAAUAACUGCAGAAGCUGGAGUAGAUUAUGUAGGCAUAAGUCGUAAUUUGGAUUUUUCCCCCGGAGUCAAUAUGCAGACGUUUCGUGUGGUAAUUCUGGAUGACCUUGGACAGCCAGUGUUAGAAGGAACCGAGAAGUUUGAGCUUGUGCUAAGGAUGCCCAUGAAUGCUGCCCUUGGAGAACCCAGCAAGGCCACUAUCUUCAUAAAUGACUCAGUGUCUGACUUGCCUAAGAUGCAGUUUAAAGAAUCUGUAUAUGUAGGCAAUGAAAAUGAUGGACAGAUUUCUGCCAUGAUAUAUAGGAGUGGGGAUAUCCGAUACACAUCCACCGUGAGAUGCUAUACAAGGCAAGGUUCAGCUCAGGUAAUGAUGGACUUUGAAGAACGUCCUAAUACUGACAGUUCCAUCAUCACAUUCCUUCCUGGUAAGCUCUUGAUCUUAUUUUAGAAGACUUUGUCUACUAUGUUUUGUUUUGCUUUGCUUUGCUUUGUUUAACUGUUUUGGUUUGUUUUGUUUCAAUUGUGUCUUCUCAUAAAAUAGUGCCAAAAACACCACUCUGGACAACCA